GCGCUUUCCAGUUUGUGUUGCCGACCCAUGAGCAGCUGGUGUGUCGUGCGCCGGCCCCAGUUGCCACUCGUUUUACCCCAAUCAUUUGCUUCCAUUUUAUGACAUAUUCUCAACUAUAUCAUGACGUAAACUAAUGUCAAAACGUGCUUUUUAGUAAUAGUGAGGCUGUGUUUGUUGUGUUGUGUAAAGACAAACCGUGUGAUCGUAAAGAUUUGAGAAAUCGUAGGCGCUGGAUAAAUAACAGUUAGGUUUAAAAAGAAUUUAGAAAACAAACAAAUCCAAAAUGGCGGUGUUUGGUAUGGUCUCCGCGGUGGCGGGCUUCGUCAAAGUCCGCUACCUCAUCGACAAGGCUGUCAUCGACAACAUGGUGUUCAGGAUGCACUACCGCAUCACCUCCGCUAUAUUGUUCCUGUGUUGCAUCCUUGUUACUGCCAAUAACCUUAUUGGUGAACCGAUCUCAUGCAUCAACGACGGCGCAGUGCCGCCCCACGUCCUGAAUACCUAUUGCUGGAUCACUUACACCUUCACGUUGCCAUACUCUCCUGCAAAGGGCAUCGUACAUCCAGGCCUCGGAAACGACUACCAAGAGGAGAAACGCAUCCAUGCCUACUACCAAUGGGUGCCAUUCAUGCUGUUCUUCCAGGGCUUGCUGUUCUACAUGCCUCACUGGAUAUGGAAGAACUGGGAGGAGGGCAAGGUUCGCAUGAUCUCAGACGGCAUGCGUGGCACUACAGCUGCCAUAGCCGAUGAUAAGCCUAAUCGCCAGAGUCGUCUUGUCCAGUAUCUACUCGAUACCCUUCACAUGCACAACACAUACUCGUUUGGCUACUUCUUCUGCGAAGUCCUAAAUUUCGUCAACGUUGUCGGCAAUAUCUUCUUCCUAGACACAUUCCUGGGUGGUGCCUUCUUGACAUAUGGCACUGAUGUGGUCAAAUUCUCUAACAUGAACCAAGAACAGCGGACUGAUCCUAUGAUCGAAGUCUUCCCCAGAGUAACCAAGUGUACAUUCCACAAGUUUGGUGCCUCCGGGUCGAUCCAGAAACACGACGCCUUAUGUGUUCUUGCCCUGAACAUUCUCAACGAGAAAAUUUUCAUCUUCUUGUGGUUCUGGUUCAUUAUCCUGUCGGUGGUAUCCGGCUUGGCCCUCGUCUACUCCACGGCUGUAAUCCUCCUGCCGAGCACCCGUGAGACCAUUCUGAAGCGCCGCUUCCGCUUCGGCACCCCCAACGGUGUCGAGGCUCUCGUCAGAAAGACUCAGGUGGGAGACUUCCUGCUUCUGCAUCUGCUAGGGCAGAACAUGUCUCUCCGCGUAUUUGGGGAAGUUCUAGACGAGCUAUCACGACGGCUGCACCUCGGUUCCAACCCACCGUCAGCGCCAUCGACUCUUGAGAUGGCGCCUAUAUACCCCGUCAUUGACAACUACUCGAAGGAAACCGAGACGUAAGCCGAACGCACACGAGCAAUAUAACUUCUAAAUCAUACUUUCAGUAAUAAAGCCCACGACUGUCCCAGUUAUGUGUUUUGAGAAAUCAUUAUAAUUAUCAUUACUAAUUUUUGACGAUUUUACAAGUAACACGAUUUGGAUUUUUCAAAUCACGUCACUGUGACAUUUUAGUUCCUUAUCUUGAAUUCAGUAUAUUGCUCUACGAGCCUCAAAAGAAAGUGUAAAUGAAUGAGACAAUACGUUACUAUCUAUACUAUUUAGAUGCAACAUUUGAUCAUUCUAUUGCACUUAUUCAGCGAGGUUCUGUUUCAUUAUUUUAUGUUCAUUUCGAAAGUUGCUUUUAUUAUGUAAAUUGGUGGCAGGAAUUGCAAUAGGCAACUAAACAACGUUCAUGACAUUCCUUCUAAUAUGUUACGUAGGCAAAAUACUAACUUUAUCAGCCACGAUUUGCCGUAAAUAGCGCGAGCUUUAACUCUAGGUCUCAAUAAAAUUAGUGUAAAAUUAUUUUGAUGCAUGAAAAGGUUUGUGAAUAAAAAAAAUAGUUAAUAAUCGGAAUUGACGAUGUGAAAUAGAAUAAAUAGGAAUGUAAAAUGUAAUGAAUAAUUGAAUUUAUUGUUAUUGCGAUUUGGUGAAGACUGUUGUGUAGGAAUGAAUCUUUUUGGAUCAUUUUUUAUUGUCUGUUGAAUGAAAUAACUAAAAUUUGCGGAUGAUAAGAAUAAAUAUUAUAAUAUUAGAUAGGUGUAAGAUACAAAUGACAAUUGUGAAAUGAAAUGCGACUGUUUUAGAGGGGCAUGCUUAGGCAGGGUAAAAUUAACACAAAACUUGAUAUUAUACAUAUUAUAAGCUGUGUAACUACAGAUAUUUUAUUAUAUUGACAUAAUGAUGAAUAUUUUAGAUUUUUAUGAUGACGUAACGAUAAAAGACAUAUCACCCACUCAAGAUAUUAAAGCAUUUUAAUAAUACGUUUGCGUUGUAGUAGAUUUUAGCUUUAUGUUCCGCUUGUUAGAUGAAACAUGAUAAAUAGUUUGUACAAGAAUAUAUUCAUAUCAAUUAUAUUAUUUUGGAAAAGUCGUAUCUGUAUAAAAAUUGAGGGAAUUUUAGAAUAUAUAUUGUAUUCUAAUAAACGUAGUACAAACUGCUUGUUAUGCAAUUUCAUCAUUAAGUAUAUCAAUUUUCUUUUAGAAUUAGGACUUCGGUGCAAAUUAUGAGGUGUUUUGUGUAAAAAUAUAUUUUUAUACUCAUGUAAUUUACUCGAAAUAUUGUGCCAUUGUAGCGAGUUCGUUUCGAACGUUUGGAAAACACCAGGUUUGCAUUUUCCACCAUGCUAUAGAAACAACACAUUCGAAAAGGACCAAUAUUUCUAUUCCUUGUUAUGUAAACUGUAGUGUAGACGUAAGGAUAUUUUCAGUCAUAUUAGCCAUAUUCAUUAUGAUAGGACGUAGCUGUUACAGUCUCCUUGAAUCUCGAAAGUUUCCUUGCGAUAGCUAGCAUAAUUAUAAUACGCAGUUACACUAUGCCAGACAACGCAGUAUACCUGUGACAUUGAGUAUUUGUAAUCAUAGGGUAAGACAUAUUUUAUUAUUGACAUUAUAUCAUUCCUACAAUAGUUGAUAGUAUCCAAUAAUUACGUACAAUUAGGAAGACUGCUAUUGUGACAAUAAUACACAUUACUUGUUUGUAAUUUGGUUAUAUUGUCUUGGAAUUAAACAAAUUUAAAUAA